AAUAAGAGACGUUCAUGCAGGAACUACGCCCAUUGUAGGAAAGACUUGGCAUUUAUUUCAUCCAGAACACGAUAAACAUCAUGCGGAAAACAAGGAGUGGAUCAGCCUACACAUACCUGAGAACUUCAAGAACAUCUGGUCCCUGCCUUCAGUGCCCAAGUACCGAGCUAUCAUUGAUACUCGAACACGUGUGUCUGUUCAUUAGGUCAAGGUCCACACGCGAUUAGUGGAGGUGCGCAGCUCUGCUUGUCAUAAUGCAACCCGCCCACUAUUCACGAAUUAUGAACGUGUACGUUUGCAAAAUUCCUGUCUUGGGCUUGUUUCGUCAAAAUACGAAUUGAUUAUGUCGAGGAAUGUGAUUGUUUUAUUCAUUGUAACGAGGCGUGAACAUUGCGUGAAGAACACGGAUUUCUUGCUCACUUGAUGAUGAACCUCUCUGUCGACUAUAAUACAGGAAAACUGUGUGAGAAAUUUGUCAUUACAUGUACACGCAGUAUAGCAGUCCACCAAAUAUGGCCAACAGCAACCCCACUACCGGGGACAUCCCGCUAGUGCUGCAGGCAACGGCGUCCGACACGCACGUAAGCUCCGUAGGCCUACAAGCACACACCGUUGAGAUCUCAUCAAAUCAAAUUCAAGAAGAUGAUUUGAUUCCUGUGUGUAAGGAUACGCGUUCCGGCAGCAGUACUACAACCAGCAGUGUAUCCAGCUUUUUGUGUGAGGACAGUGUGGGUGAGACUGACAUCAUCAAUGUUAAUGUAGCAUCAAAUGAGGACCAAUCAGUCUCAGUGAACAAUGAGAGUGCUUUGAGUUUUAGAGACGGGGGCCUUGCAAAAGAAUCACAGUGCACAUCUGAUGAUGUGCAAGUUGUAAAUCAAACUGCAGGUCAUGUCAAAAAUGGCAUCCUGGCAUCUAUGGUAAAAAAUGAAGAGGAAUCAAUGAGAGUAAAGGAAGACUCAAAAAGCCAGACUGGGGAUGCUCAGAAUGCACUUGACAACCAGCAAAAAUACCUGGAGCAUUUGAAUGAGUCAAGCAGUGUUCGUAUCAAAAAUGGGUCUGGAGGCAUUGAGGCAUGUAGUAGUACCACAACUCCCUCAGGACAUGAGGCGGACAGGAAAGAGCGUGCAUUGCCAUCAAAUGGCCAAACAGCUGCUGCGCCAUGCAGUCCUUGCAUCGCCCUUGAUGAAACUGAGAUGCCCGGGGCGGGCAUCAGUGCUGAGAAGAAUGGCGAAGGAGUUCCAGUCAGUUCAUCAGGGACUUCAGUAGAUGUCAUCAAUAACGGCAACCUCACUCCGAAUAUUGCCCGCAACUCAGCUAAGAAUCCCAGCAUGGAUGCAAGGAAUGGUGCUCCCGCAUCCUCGCAGAUGACCACUCCCCAGCAUCCAUCUGCAUCAUCGGUGGGUGUGGCCGCAUCCAAGAACUGGGUCUCAUUUGAGGAGGAUGUGCCAUUGUCUCAUGCUCCAUCUCCUGAGAUCAGACACGACAGUGAUGUAAAAAAGGAAUGGGUGAAAUUUGAGAGUUCUCCACAGAUGUCCAGACAUGCAGUGGUACCUCAGCUCACAGGUGGUUCAUCUGUCCACAGCUUUGAGCCUGCCUGUGAUGAUCGUCAGUCCGAUGUCACCAUGUCGGUCCUCUCCUCCAGGGGCAGUCUGGCUGAAUCUCAAGACGUCUCCCACGAGUACUUGCCUCUAGCACCAUCCCCGCUGGGAUCGGCCGUCUCCUCCCCCUCGCCACAUCUCAAGUCGACCAGUGGCAUGUCCAGCUGGGUGAGGUUUGAGGAUGCAGGGGACGUGCCACAGCAACGGAUGCAAUCUCCUCCCUUGCUGGUGCCACUGCAGGCGUCAAGUCCAUCAACAGUCCAAGACACGGCCUCCUCCUCAGCAUCCCCCCUCUCCAGUCCGGGACAUGUGGCAGGUACGCAGCAGAUAUCCAGCCAAGUGGCUGCUGGUGGCAAGAGCCUUCGCCAGCCCUUGGCAGGAUGGGUGUCGUUUGAUGAGGCCGAUAGUUCUACUCCAUCGACACCCAUCAGGUCCCCUGUUACGGAUACUACCUCUGAGAAAAGGCUUCAACUGCAGCAGUUGCAGCAGUCUUUAGCACUCCAACAGCAACAACAGAUCCAAGCCAGACAGCAACAGCAUAUACAGCAGCAGCAACAACAAUCACCACCUGUAUUUCAGCAGCAUUAUCCGCAAUCUCCUGCGUCGUCGUCCUCAACACCACAGCAUGUUGUAGUGCUUCCCCCAGCAAAUCCUCCAGCCAAACCCCUGUCGUACCCGACUGAUAAUCAACAGUCCCUUCCAUCUGCCCCUUCAACCAGUACUCCACUCCCAGGGAACCCCUUCAGAGAGGAGAUGCUACGCCAGCAAAAUCGGGCAGCGUCUCCAUUCAACCCAUUCCAAAGUGGUCCCAUACAGACUCCCAGCACCCCCGGAGGAACGGUAAGUGCCAUGUGGGGGGAGUCACCCAUAACUCCUGGAACGGUCAAUGCCAUGUGGGAGAAGUUUGAGGAAAGUUCCACAAGUAUUGCUGCCGGCAGUGGAAGCCCUGGCAAUCCAUUUAAAGUACAUGUAACUGCAGGUGCCAACUUAUUUAAUGCACAGCCACAACAGGUUGUUCUUUCUGGAGCUUCUGGAAACAUAGCACCAGAUCAACCUCAACUAUCCAAUUCCCAGCCCAGUGCUGUCGCACUGAAGGAACAAGGACAGACCCUUCAAGGCAAGAAUGUUGCUGAGCAGUCAUCUGUCCCGUUUACUUUGUCAUCGACACCUGCUCAAAGCACACCAGUAUCAACACAGCAAUUCCAGAGAUACACAAAAGGCUCUAAACAGGUCACAAUUCGAGCGUCGGGCAAAAGGCCGAAGGUUACUCAGAGCCAGCCAACUGAUGUGAUCGUGGAUGAUGCACCUUUUGUUGAUGAGUUCCCAAAAGUUAAAAGGGACCUGAGUGAAGGGUGGUCCAUGAUGCUCAGGUGCCCAGACAAGAAAAGAGUAGCAGGCUCUCGCUACUGGAAGCCUGUACUUGUCAAGCUUCUCGAAGGAAAUGUAAUACAACUGUUUGACAUUGAUCACAGCUCAGAACCUUUUAGGGAGCUCCCAUUACAGUGUAGUUACGAAUUUGGAGACAGAAAACCACAAGCCUACGAUACAUUGGGAAAGAUUCACACCAUCAAACUGAUGUAUGUCUCUUACAGUGAGAAGCGGCGCUACAACACCAGAGCACCGUAUGAGAAGGUCAUGAAUGCAAACCCACUGCUCAAGCUUGGUUCCACUGACUACAACACAUUCCGAAGUUUCAUAUCUACCAUCAAUGAAUACCUGAUGAGGCUAUCUGCAUUCCGAGACCGCGGCAUUUCAUAUAAGCAAGAUGCUAUUGGUGUGGUGGUGUCAGAUGAUUAUCGCUGCCGCAUCCUUUGUAAUGGGGAAUUAGAGAAGCAGUCAAUCAGUGUUGACGUCACUGUGCUUGCUUUCUUGUCUGAUAUGCCUGAAUGUUCAAUAGCUUUGAAUGAUGUACAGGUUAAGGGUCUGGAAGUCGUGUCAAGACGGGACAUCAUUCCAAACAAAACUAACCAUUGGAUCAAGCUGGAAAAUGUAGAACUCCACAAAUGCACCAACAAGAAUGUGUUUGUAGAGUCCCGCAUGAUUGAGUUCCAGCCUUUGGACGGAUGUCGUUUUUGUCUGAUGAAGUACCAGACUCGACCCCGACAGAAUACAGAGCUACCCUUGCAUGUGAAGGUAACCGUGUCAGGAGAAGGGGCCUACCUGGAGUUAAGAGCAGAUUUGUAUCUUCCUGGUCGCCCUGGGCGUAGGGAUCCAUCCCAGUUUACUUGCGAAAACGUUAUGGUGCGCAUCCCCAUCCCCGACACCUGGAUCAAGUACUUUCGCCGUGAGAGACGUCUUGGCUACCACUCGGUCAAGUCGACCCAUGGGAAGCCAGACCACAUCAAGCAGGGAAGUCUGAAUCCAAGGUUACUGGAGACGAGUAUCGGUUCAGCAAAGUAUGAACAUGCCUACAAAUCCAUUGUUUGGAGAAUUGAAAAACUACCAGAAAGGGCGACAGUUUUUUCAGCUUCCCACAUCCUCAUGUGUCGCAUCCACCUGGAGUCCCAUCGCGAGGUCCCCCGCACCCCCCAGGGUGACGUGGAAGUAGAAUUCACCAUGCCGCACACAACUGCUUCCUUGACCACGGUGCGCUCUCUGUCUGUGGCCUCCAACAAGCCCUCCGAGAAGCGCAUCAGGUACAUGGCCCACUAUGAGUACUUUGUGGAGAUGGAGAAUAACGUAGUACUUCAGAUGCUGGAUGGUGAUGAAGGACCCUCCCAUUGUUCGCUGCAAUGAAACUUGUCCUGCACCAGAACACCGCCAGUGUUUGAUGGAAGCGACUUCAUACUAGCCCGUGAAACCUGGUGCGCUACUUUUUUUCAGUAGCUGGGGUUACGAAUGAUUCAUGAAGAGGGGACAAUGCAAUACACCAUUUAAGACAUUUCAAAAACGCGAAUCCAUUAUGUCGCUUCGAUAGCUUAGUUAGUAGUGAUUUGAACUACAGAUCUAUAGACCCUGGUUCGAAUCCAACCCAUUUAUGCUAUUCAUUUUCCAAUUUUAUCAUUGUGUUUGGGAUUUCCUUUUUCAAUU